UAAUGGAGAAAUCUCCAUCACUGUGUUUUCCCUCUCGUGGGAAACGGGUGACAAUACUAAGCAUUGAUGGAGGAGGAAUUAGAGGCAUCAUUCCAGGGGUCAUCUUGGCAAAACUAGAAUCACAGCUUCAGGAGCUGGACGGGGAGCAAGUGAGACUAGCAGAUUAUUUUGAUGUGAUAACCGGAACAAGCACUGGCGGUCUAGUCACAGCCAUGCUAGCUGCACCAAACAAGGAUCAACGCCCUCUCUAUGCCGCAAAAGACAUAGUCCCCUUCUAUCUCGAACAUUCUCCUAAAAUCUUUCCCCAAAUAAGAGGACCAUUCGCUUCGGCCAUAAAUUUCUUUAAAGCUUUAAUGGGACCUGAAUAUGAUGGCAAGUAUCUGCACAAGCUAAUAAGGAGUAUACUUGAAGAAACAAAGUUGCACCAGACAUUAACAAACGUUGUCAUUCCAACCUUUGACAUCAAACUUCUCCAGCCAGUUAUCUUUAGCUCGUUUGAGGAGAACAGCAAACAUAUAAUCGAUGGGAAACUAUCAGACAUAUGUAUAGGCACCUCGGCUGCCCCAACUUAUCUUCCAGCCCAUUACUUCAAUAACCAAGACGACCAAGGCAGGAUGAGAGAAUUCAACCUCAUUGACGGCGGUGUUGCUGCCAACAAUCCGGCACUUGUAGCAAUAGGUGAAGUCACAAGACAAGUGUUCAAGAAACAUCCAGGUUUCUACCCCGUCAAGCCCGAGGACUACGGCCGUUUUAUGGUGAUAUCGGUGGGUACAGGCUCAUCCAAAGUCGAGCCGAUUUAUGAUGCCAAGAAGGUUGCAAAGUGGGGGCUUCUGAGUUGGCUCCACAACAAAAAUGGCUCUACUCCACUUGUGGAUGUCUUCAAUCAGGCCAGCUCUGAUAUGGUUGAUUUCCAUCUCUCUGUGGUCUUCAAGGCCCUUCAUUGUGGAGAGAAUUAUCUUCGAAUCGAAAAUGACACGUUAAGAGGGGUUUUGUCAUCGGUUGAUGUGGCAACGAAGAGGAACUUGGAAGAUCUGGUUAAGGUUGGUGAAAAAUUGUUGACGGAUAAAGUGUCACGUGUUAACAUGGAAACUGGGGUCUACGAACCGAUCAAUGAUGGAGAAACAAACGAGGAAGCACUCAAAAGGUUCGCAAAAAUGCUUUCGGAUGAAAAGAAAGUCAGAGUUGGAGGGCAAGGAGACGAA